UAGCAACCAUGUCAACUGUCACUGUCGCAGACGCGUGUAGUGGAAUCAACCGGCGUCGGUAGUAAUCCGGACACAUAUCCUCGCCUCGCCCCAUCCUGUGGGGCCAAAAUUGACGUGGCGACCCAAACCUGGGGACUCAAGCUCAUAAAUUCUGUCUAUCACUGACAGUUGGACCGUUCACAUGUAUCCGAUCUUGUAAUAGGAGCCACGAUGGGCGAGCCAGCCGCAUUCGUGAGCCGGCAUGAGGGCAGGACACACGUAGCUGUCACAGCCGCCAUCUUGCUAAGUUUGACGUUUGUUUCGCGCGGGACGUUACGUUCGGAAGUGUAAAGUUUUGGAUACUCUUCUGCCUUGUCUGUGGUCGUGUGUUGACAAUGUUAGAGUGGUGCGUGGUGACUUAAAUUCUCACAUUGUGGACCAGUUUGGAAUGAUUGGUGUUUGAUGGUGUCGCGAGCUGGAUUGUAGAUACAAUAUCAACCAUCCCAAAUCUAGUCCACUAAUCGUCACAAUGUCGCUUCCUUUGCGCUAAAUCCACACAACGCUUUCAAGACUUCUACAAAGUGAGAAGACGAGAGUUUUGCGAGACAGAGACAGAUAAUAGAAGAAAACAUGGCGGAGAAAGGAGAUGUCCGUACCGAUGACAUCGAGCUUAGUGCCCAGGGGUCCAGCACUAAACCUAGCGAUGUGGCCACCAAGUCGGACCUGCCGGAGCGAGGGUCGUGGGCCAGCAAGCUGGACUUCAUCCUGUCCGUGGUGGGUCUGGCCAUCGGUCUCGGCAACGUGUGGCGGUUCCCCUACCUCUGCUACAAGAACGGCGGCGGCGCCUUCCUGAUCCCCUACUUCCUCACGCUGAUCCUCGCCGGGAUCCCCAUGUUCUUCAUGGAGCUGGCCAUGGGACAGAUGCUGACCAUUGGCGGGCUGGGGGUGUUCAAGAUUGCGCCGAUUUUUAAGGGUAUCGGGUACGCGGCGGCGGUGAUGUCGUGCUGGAUGAACGUGUACUACAUCGUGAUCCUCGCCUGGGCCGUCUUCUACUUCUUCAUGUCCAUGAGGGCUGACGUCCCGUGGCGCACGUGCGACAACUACUGGAACACGGCCACCUGCGUGAACCCCUACGACCGCAAGAACCUCACCUGCUGGUCUACCACCGACAUGACUUCCUACUGCACGCUCAACGGGAGGAACGUCAGCAAGAUUGCGCUGUCUGACCCGGUUAAGGAGUUUUGGGAGCGUCGCGCGCUCCAGAUUUCAUCAGGCAUCGAGCACAUCGGCAACAUCCGCUGGGAGCUGGCGGGCACGCUCGCCCUGGUGUGGGUGCUCUGCUACUUCUGCAUCUGGAAGGGCGUCCGCUGGACCGGCAAGGUGGUCUACUUCACCGCGCUGUUCCCGUACUUCUUGCUGACUGUGCUGCUGAUUCGCGGAAUAACCCUCCCCGGCGCCAUGGAGGGCAUCAAGUUCUACGUGAUGCCGAACAUGUCCAAGCUGCUGGAGUCGGAGGUGUGGAUCGACGCCGUCACGCAGAUCUUUUUCUCCUACGGUUUGGGGCUGGGGACCCUGGUCGCGCUGGGCAGCUACAACAAGUUCACUAACAAUGUUUACAAGGACGCGCUGAUCGUCUGCUCGGUGAACUCGAGCACGUCGAUGUUCGCCGGCUUCGUUAUCUUCUCCGUGGUGGGCUUCAUGGCGCACGAGCAACAGCGCCCCGUCGCUGAAGUCGCUGCUUCAGGUCCCGGGCUGGCGUUCCUGGCGUACCCGUCGGCCGUGCUGCAGCUGCCGGGCGCGCCGCUCUGGUCCUGCCUGUUCUUCUUCAUGCUGCUGCUCAUAGGUCUCGACAGCCAGUUCUGCACGAUGGAAGGCUUCAUCACGGCGGUGAUCGACGAGUGGCCCAAGCUGCUGCGCCGCCGGAAGGAGAUCUUCAUCGCUAUCACCUGCCUGAUCAGCUACCUCGUCGGACUGUCUUGUAUUUCUGAGGGUGGAAUGUACGUGUUCCAAAUCCUCGACUCUUACGCCGUGUCCGGCUUCUGUCUACUGUUCCUGAUCUUCUUCGAGUGCGUGUCCAUCUCCUGGGCCUUCGGGGUGAACCGCUUCUACGACGGCAUCAAGGAAAUGAUCGGCUACUACCCCACCAUCUGGUGGAAGUUCUGCUGGGUCGGGUUCACGCCCGCCAUUUGCAUCAGCGUGUUUAUCUUCAACAUAGUGCAGUGGAAGCCGUACAAGUACAUGAGCUACGAGUACCCGUGGUGGUCGCACGUGCUGGGCUGGAUGACGGCGCUCAGCUCCAUGCUGUGCAUCCCCGGCUACAUGAUCUACCUGUGGCACGUCACCCCCGGCACGCGUCAGGAGAAAUUCAACACGAUCGUCCGCAUCCCCGAGGACGUCCCGACCCUCCGCACCAAGAUGCAGGCCGAGGAGCUGGCCAAGCACCAGGCCUAGACGCACCACACACUGCCACACUUAACCACAUCGAUCUCAACACAGGAGAUGACCACAUUUGGGACAAGACACUCCUUGGAGUUACAACAUUUGAUUUCAAACCGGAUGGUAAAGAUGUUGGUUGGACAAGGCAAAUGUUUUAAAACCAAGGAGAGGGUAAGAAAUAAAAGGACAAGUCAAUUCUAUCGCCUCUUGAAUUUAAAAUGAUUUGGAAAGAGUCUUCGCAUUUGCUUCAAGUGAUUUUAAUUCAAGGUGGGGAUUCUGUGCCAAAAUCUAAAGGCCAUUUGAAACGACCACGCACAAAGGUUUUUAAAUGAAAUUAUGUUUUGUGCCAAAGAAUAUUUUAUGAUUGUGCCAUAAUUUGUAGAUUUAUUUUGAGUUUUCGGUUCUACGCGCGACGCGUUCAUGUAUGUUUAUAUUUUACGCUAUUUUUGCAUUAUACAUAAGGAUUUUGUUGAUCAACAAUAUUUACGAACGUUAUUAGUUAAAGGAUCGUGUAUAAUAUGGUUUAUUUUGUUAAGAUUUUCCUGUAUGUUUCUGCGAGUGUGAUUUUAUGAGAUGUGUCAAGUAUUUUACUGUUGUCUUCCAUUUAGCUAUUGCUCUAUUUGAUAUAGCGAUGUGUUUUCUUAGACGUAACGAGAUACCGUUUGCUUAUAUUAAAAUAUAUUAAAUAAGUAUAUUAUACUUUUAAAUUAUAUUGAAUCUAUAGUUGUGUGUCUGUAGAAUUUUUGAUGUUAUCCUUAAAGGAGUUUGUGUAUAGUUUUAGUCGGUGUUUAGGCGUGUUUUUAAAAUGAUUAAGGCAAAAUCGCAACAGGACGCGCUAUUUUGAAUCUUUUGGUGUUUAGAUUGUAUGAAAUUUUAUAAAAAUAUAAUCAAGUUCUUAACUUUUUCGGCCUAUAAUGAUCUUCCAGGAAUAAAUACAUUGGUUGUAUAUUACCAUAUCUUUUGUAUUUAAGAAUUUAUACUCCUUGAUUGAGUAUGAAUUAUUUGGUUUUAUGCUUUAAUUUUUAUUCUGUUAAGUACCUUCAUACCGAACAUAGGUACAAGUUAUUUUAUAUGAAUUUAUCAGUGAUCGAAAGCUUACAAAAUGAAUUUAAGAAUUUUCACUGUGUUCCAUCUCAGACCAAAAAUAGAAAUUUUAUAAAAUUAUUCUGAAUCUUUAUAAUAUACUGUAGAAAUUUGUGAAAACCAAAUAUGACUUAUUCUAUAUUAUAUUUUCACCUCAAAAGUUUAUCAUAUACUCUUAUAAAAAUAUAUUACAGUUCUAUAUUACUCAAAUUAUCUUUAUAUCAAUUUUACUGGAACAAAAGUGUUCAAAUUAGAGAUAUAAUAUUAAGCUUGUAACUGUGUGCAUAUAUAAGUCAAUUUCUAAAAAAAUAUAUACCUAGUGAACAUUCGUAGUUGUUUAUCGAAACAUAUACCUAAGUAUAUAAGACAAUAUAUAUAAUGAAAUGUUUAGUCAUUCUUAGCUUUAACGUGAUGAAAGACAAGUUCUUACAUUUCAAUGCAUUUCCUUCACUUUAUAGUUACCUAUUUACCUAAACAUGUUUAAUUAUUUGCAUAAUUAUAAUGUACAACGCGUGUUGUAAAUGAUGAAUGUGCUUCCAAAUAUUAAAUUAAUUAUAUAAUUACUUAUACAAUAUUUAUAAAGAAGAUAGAUUAGCUUUAGUUUAGAAUUGUAUCGUUACUUUUGUAUUAGUAAAUCUUUGUUUUAAUUUAGUAAAAAUAUACUUAGCGAAAUAGUAAAAAUAUUGUCAGUUGCUAGUUUGAAAUGUCUUGUGUUGAAUGAUUGAUUUCAAAUUAUUAAUUAUAGCAGAGAGAAGUGAAAGGUCAAUAAUUGAGCGAAUAUAUAUAAUAAGAGCAUAAUAUAUACUCGCUGCAAUCUAUAUAAACAAUUCAUCAGACAUGGGAAUACACAAACUAUACAUAUACCUACAGACUUACCUGAUAAUGUACAAUCUAAAACCACAUCUACCUAAAUUAUAUCAUUCCAAAAAGUAAGUAGUAAUACUUACAUAUAUAAUAGAUAAAGAUAUUUACAUUCUACGAUACUUCAACUAUACAUUCCUUUACAUAAUAAUAGGACCUACCUUACAAUCUUACUUAGUAGAAAAUUUAAAAAGUACAAAGAUGAACGUUAUUUUCAUGGAUAAGAAAAAAUACGCAUUUUUUCAGCUUUUUAAAUUGUUUUUAUUUCUUCAUGAUCACGGACCGCAAAUAAUGUUCAAUUACCACGUUUAACUGUAGAUUAGAGCGUAAUUUAUUUAAAUCAAUAAAUAGUCAUUAAAAA